GGAAUGAUCGAAACGGAGAAAGCAAACUAACUGACAAUGACAGUUCCUCCACUACUCCUCCUCCUCCUCACACUCCUCUCCCUCCCUUCCCUCCUCAUCCACGCCGCCGUAUCCGAUGCUUACCCCACCAUUCCCGGAACCGCUCCCAUCGACGGAGGUUUCUCCGAUGAUCUCAAACCCAUCCGCCGCGAGGUAUACGGCGAAGGCAAAAUCUUCGACAUCAGUCACCGAUACACGCCGGAUAUGCCGGCGUGGGACUCGAAGGAAGGAAUCGGAAGGUUUCUAUGGCUGGCUGCGAGCAUGAAGAACGGAUCGCUCGCUAACAACUCAGAGAUGAAGAUCCCGACUCACACCGGUACACACGUCGAUUCGCCUGGACACGUGUACGACGAGUAUUACGACGCUGGGUUCGAUGUAGACUCGCUUGAUCUCCAAGUUCUAAACGGUCCUGCGUUGUUGGUUGAUGUUCCGAGGAACAAGAACAUAACUGCCGAAGUGAUGAAGUCUCUUAACAUACCAAGAGGAGUUCGUCGUGUGCUUUUCAGAACAUUGAACACUGACAGGCGUCUUAUGUUCAAGAAGGAGUUUGAUACAAGCUAUGUCGGAUUCAUGAAAGAUGGCGCUCAAUGGUUGGUAGACAACACAGACAUCAAACUUGUUGGGGUUGAUUAUCUAUCAGUAGCUGCGUAUGAUGAUCUGAUUCCCUCCCACCUAGCAUUCCUAAAAGGCCGGGAGACUAUACUUGUGGAGGGAUUGAAGCUGGAUGAUGUGAAGGCAGGAGUCUACUCUGUCCAUUGCUUACCUCUAAGACUUGUUGGAGCAGAAGGAUCUCCAAUUCGCUGCAUCCUCAUCAGUUGAUUUGAUUUUCCUCCUCCUUAAACACCAUCAAACAAACAUGAAGUUUGUCUAUAAGCAAGUCUACUUAGCGCGCUAUGAACUUCGCUGACUAUGUAGCAGACAAUAAGAGAGGUGCAGAGAAGAAGAGAAGGAAGCACUUAAUAAAAAAAAAGAGUACCAUGUGUUGUAUUUUAAGGUCUUAGACUCGGCAGUAACUAAAUAAUAAAAUCAUUAUUAAUCUGAUGAUUAAUUCGGAAUUUUAUUUAGUUAGAUUUCCUUUA